UUAUUAUUUAUAUUUCUAUCCCCUGUAUUUCACUCAGACAUGUGGUGUAGCUCAUUAAAUACCAGCGAGCCUUCAAAGUUCCUGCAAGAAAACUCCACAGAUUCAUAUCUCUCGUAUGGCGGUGGAAAGCUGCCAUCGGGUUUCAUUCUUCAACAAAAUUUCCAACAAACCCCAAACAGAAAUCUGCUGGUCCCUCAGCCUCAAAUCCAAUACUACGCUUGGGGUAAUCCGACACAAGCGAUGAAUAAUACAUUCGCACCUGCGUCUUACAUGGGCCCAAUCCACGGGCAGAUGCCCUAUACACCUCAUCCACAACAGCUGCUUCCAAACGCCGUAAGUCAGAGUUAUUUUCGUUUGAAAGCUCCAUUGUGAUUCUCACAAUCAGUUCGUCAGUUUGACAUCGUGAUCCGAAUCCUUCUAAACCAAAAAUUAGCGAAGAAGUUUUGUCUUAACAAUUCAAGCUUGUAGAACUUUGCAUUUUUGUUCAAAACAGGGAAAAAGCGUCAUUGUCACCAAAUACAACAAUGCACGUCAAGAUAAUGAGUUCCUGGCCGAGGAGAUGGAAGAGCAAAAGAAGCGAAACAGUUUACUUAUGCAGCGUAUUUCAGAAAUACAGAAAGAAUUGAAAACAGUGCAGGAAAGCACUGCUAAACUCUACAAUGAAUGCCGGUCCGUCGAUGAAACAUGUGAAAGAUUUUCCAAGCAGCUCGACGAGGAGAAAAGAAAAUUGUUGGAGACUAUCAUAAGAAAGAAAAGCGACAUUUCAAAGGUUAAAGUUGAUGCUGAGUUGGUGGCAACUCUGCGAGAGGAGAAAGACAGAUCUCUUUUGGAAAUUGCGCGUCUCCGUGACGACGUCAUUGAUGCUGACAUUGACGUUGAUAAUCUAACGAUUAAAUUCCAGUAUGAACUUGGUAAAAUGGUUAUAUUUCCCUUCUGGAAGCUGGAAGAGGAAAUUGAUAAAGUUCUUCCUCAUUGUGGUGUAAGGUCCUGUGUCGAGGAAAGCAGAAAAGAGCGAGCUGCAGACACAUAUGGUGGCUGUUUCUCUCAAGAAAGGGUAAGUAGUCCGAUCAAAAAUCGUAUUAUUUCCCGUUCAAGACCAUCGCUUGCGCGACAGUAGACUCCUGCUAAUAAAACAAAGAUUACCAACUGAUGCUCCUCGUGUUCACAUUUUUAAGAUAACUCAUUGAAAGAAGAUUGGUCAAAACUUAACAAAACGGUCACAAACAGAAUUUGCCGCCUGUACUGACUAACUGUUAAGUUAUUGGUACUCGUUUUAAAUGGUUAAAAAUAUUAGCUGAAUUUUGUUGUAAAAGGUGACGCCUGAAUGACUAUUUUUCUUCUUUCUUUAACAGUUCGCACCAGGCUCUAAUGAGAGCUCAGAGCAAACCACGUUGAACGACAGUUUGGAAAGAAACUCGGCAGAAAAUUAUACAGAACUGUCAAGGAAAAGCUCCCAAGAAAACUCACAAAAUGAUGAAACAUCAGUUGCAUCACAAGUAACCGUCAUAAAGGUCAACAUUCCGGUGGAACAUAGUCACUCUGUCGACAAAAGUUCAACAAUCAAUGAGUCUGCCUCGAACCAGUCCAGUCCGCCAUCUGCUGAUGAUGGUUGCGUGGAAACUGAAAGUAAAUAUGUUGAAGAUUUGUCAUUUCUUCACAGCAAAGCUCACACAAAACCGGGAAAGAAGGUAGGUGUUUGCUCAUGCUUAUGCGCUGCCUUUAGGUUAAUAUCACUAAUUCUGUAUGGUUUUGGUCUUUUAAAACUUCUUAGAUAGGUUUUCUUUUUUUUUUUAUCUCUGGGAAAGGUCAAAUAUGUAAUAAAAAACUGGCUCCCAGGUCCAAACGUUCAGUUUUUGUGAUCAGUACGUGAGCUUUAAAGUUAGUGAACCAUACAUUUAAAACAAGACUUUGAGCGAAAAUUUCUAAAGGGGUUUGUUGUUGAAAACCUGUUCUGAUCUCGAAAUCGCUGAAUUUUACCGACCUGUGGUCACGGUUGUUUGAUAUAUCCGAGGGCCUUGUGGGAUGGCCUGGAUACUACCAUUCAUAUUUUAGACCCAAAUAUGGUUGUUCCAGAUCUGUAAAUAUUUCGUGCGAUUAAACCACUCGGUGGAAUUUUCUCUUCUAAUUAAAAUAACAUUCUAGCUCAUAGGAUAGCUCCUCCCAUGUUUUACCACUAAUUGUUUCCUUCAGAUGUGCCCUAACAUGUUCUCUUUUACUUGCCUUUAACAGAUUCGCAAAACCGGUCGCUUCUCUCGAUGGCUACGGAGCCUCUGCUGCAUAUCGAAAAGAAACAAGGACCAAUGA